AUGACCAAGCCGAAGGUGUACGUUAUCGGGGUGGGCAUGACCAAGUUCACAAAGCCCGGAUCCACCGGACUGGACUAUCCAGAUUUGGUCAAAGAAGCCGUCAAUGAAGCCCUGGCCGAUGCCAAGUUGGAGUACAAGGAUAUCCAACAGGCGACAGUUGGCUACCUGUUUGGAGGUACCUGCUGCGGGCAGCGCGCCCUCUACGAGAUUGGGUUGACCGGAAUUCCGAUUUUCAACGUAAAUAACGCGUGUGCUUCCGGGUCUUCAGGCGUGUUUUUGUGCAAGCAGAUCCUCGAAUCUGGAAAUGCCGACGUGGUGUUAGCAUGUGGUUUCGAGAAAAUGGCCGCCGGCUCGUUGGAGAACAUGGGCGGAAAACUCGAUGACCGUGCCCUGUCUGUCGACAAUCAUAUCCAGGUGAUGGCCGAUACCUACGGUCUAUUCCCCGCCCCGAUCACCGCCCAAAUGUUCGGCAACGCUGGCAAGGAGCAUAUGGAGAAAUAUGGCACGAAGCGCGAACACUUUGCCAAGAUUGCCCACAAGAACCACCUGCACUCCGUUCACAAUCCGAAAUCGCAGUUCACGAAGGAGUUCAGCUUAGAUCAGGUGCUGAAUGCUCGCCAAAUUUAUGACUUUAUGGGACUGCUGGAGUGCAGCCCUACUUCCGAUGGGUCGGCUGCCGCAGUGCUGUGCUCGGAGCGCUACCUGGAGGCCCAUCCUCAUCUCAGGCCACAGGCUGUCGAGAUUGUUGGCUUCCAGCUGGGCACUGAUCAGCCAUCCGUCUUUGCCGAGAACUCGAACAUCAAGAUGAUUGGCUUUGACAUGAUCCAGAAAAUUGCCCAAAAUCUAUAUAAGGAGACCGGACUCACGCCGAAUGAUGUUCAGGUAAUCGAGCUUCACGACUGCUUCGCGCCGAACGAGCUGAUCACGUACGAGGCGCUGGGAUUGUGCCCGAUUGGAAAAGCUGGCGAGCUGAUCGAUCGUGGCGAUAAUACCUAUGGUGGAAAGUGGGUGAUCAACCCCAGCGGGGGGCUCAUUUCCAAGGGACACCCCAUCGGAGCAACAGGCGUGGCCCAGGUCGUCGAGCUGUCCAACCAGCUGCGUGGAAGGUGCGGGAAGCGCCAAGUGCCGAACGCUCGGGUUGCUAUGCAGCACAACAUUGGCAUCGGAGGGGCCGGCGUGGUGGCGAUGUACAGACUUGCUGGAGGCGCCGGAAGUUCACCAGCUGCUCGUACCCCAGCCGCUUCCGGAGCCUCCCUGAAGAGUGACGUCAUCUUCGACGAGAUCAAGGAACGAAUCCAUACCGAAAAAGAUCUGGUCCAAAAAGUGAGCACCUCCUUCGGGAUCACCAUCUCCGGGGCGAACGGUGUCACGAAGAAGUGGUUCAUCGACACCAAGGCGUCGCCGCCAUACGUCGGAAAUCAGGAGCGCCCAACUGAGAUUUCGGUAACCGUAUCCGAUGAGUCGUUCAUGCAGAUCGCUUCUGGGGCCUUGAAGCCGGAUCAGGCCUUCAUGCAAGGCAAAAUGAAGCUGAAGGGCAACAUUGCCAAGGCCAUGAAACUCCGCCAACUCCUCGACCCCAAACUCCUCAAGGCCAAGAUC